AUGGACGCUUACGGACCUCAGUCGCCGAGUUUCAACUCGUCCAUAAUCAAAUAUAAGGGAUUUCGGUUUAUAAAUUUUUGUUACAACGAGAAGCACAUUGAUUCCCUGGAGACUUUUGAAACUAGAGGCAGCGAUGUUUUUGUUGUAACUUAUCCUAAAUCUGGAACUGUGUGGACACAACAGAUUAUGUCGUUGAUCUGUCCUGAUGAAGACCGCACUGGAGAGGAGCUGAUGAACAACAAUCUGCGAUUCCCAUGGAUUGAAUUCUUCAAGGAGGAAAUAGAUCACAGUUCACGGCCAUCACCACGAUUCUUUACAUCUCAUCUGCCUUAUAAUCUUGUGCCCAAUGAGCUGAGGAAAGGCAAAGGAAAGGUCAUUUAUGUUUCACGAAACCCUAAAGAUGUAAUGGUAUCUUAUUUUCAUUUUACACACUUCUUUAAACCAAUGGGGAAAGCAAAGGAUUUCAGCGAGUUCAUGGACAGUUUUCUAAAUGGAAAUGUACCUUUGGGCUCUUGGUUUGAUCAUUUGAAGGGAUGGUACGACCACAGAGAUGAGUUCAAUAUACUUUUCAUAUCAUAUGAAGAAAUGAUUAAGGACCUCAGAGCUGUGGUCAUUAAGAUCUGCAAAUUCCUUGGAAAAAAGACAGAGAAUAUGGAUAUUGACAAGAUUGUUGAAGAGGGCACCUUCAACAAGAUGAAGAAAAAUCCUAAAGCAAAUUAUGAAUGGAUACCUGCUGACCAUGCAAAUAAAGAAAAUGGGAGUUUUAUGCGUAAAGGGACUAUUGGAGACUGGAAAAACACGAUGACUGUUGCCCAGAAUGAAAAGUUUGACCAAGUCUUCCAAGAAAAAAUGAAAGACCUGCCUUUAAAAUUUAUAUGGGACAUUAAUGAAUGACCUGCUGACCAAGGAGCUGGGCCUGUCCAACCUCUAGCUUGCUCUUUCAUGAUGAAAUUAUUUGUUUAAUCAUUUUUAAUCAUCACUUUAUUUUAAACUGUAUAGAUUAGUAAAAUACAAAAAGACAAUAUCAUCAAUAAUCAUUAUAUGCAGGGUGGCCUGUAGGAGGGAUAGCAGAGCCCCAAAUCUCAGACACAGUAUCAGUCCCCAGUUUGGUUGACAGCUUAUGUUUAAAUACAUUUGCCUUACAUUGGCUUCUGUUGCCAAAUGCACAACCACAAUGCAGUUAUGUUAUCUCUUUCUAGCCUUCCAUCUUUACUUCUCUUUCCUCUACUUCUUUAAAUUUACUUAUUUGGCUGAUACCUUUAUCCAAGGUGACGUACAACAUCUGAGAUACAAUUGGUUACAUUUCUUUUUGUUCAAUUGGAGCACAUGCAGCUGAAGUGACUUGUUCAUAGUGACACAGGAUCAGAAGCAGGAUUUAAACCGACAAACUUAGCAUUUAAAAUCCAAAGCUUUAACCACUAUGCCCAGGCAAGCUUUGCCCAAGUCCUCCUGACUUUCUUGAGUAAGUUGGGGUGGCUGCCUUUAUGCCAGGCCCAGGAGUACUUCCAGUGCCAUAACAGUGCACCCAAGACAGAACAAAUCAUUCCAAACAAGGGGAAAGUUAAGGACACACUAUGGACACUGAGGGGUACACCCCGGACCUUGAAGUCAAAUAAUAUUGAAUCCAUGCUAUGGACACUGAGGAGUGGUAACUCAAGGGGCGCGUAUCCUGGACUAAGCCUAGGCCUCCAUAUCGGUUCAAUUGGCACUGAACUGCAUUUUCGGGUCAAAUAGAGCUGCAAUAGAAUAAAGGAGUCUUCUUCUUGUAGAGGCCCUUCAGGAACCUAAUUGGGUUGCCUUCCCGAACUACAAGUCCAAAGCAGCCUUGCAUGUGUCCAUAUUGGAGCCAGGCCAGUGAAGCACUGCCAUUUAUAACACUGGGGAAACAAAUGUUCUUGGCAGGAAGUUUCCCCCAGUUCAAACAUUAUAUCGGUCCCCAGAUUGGGAAAGGGAACAGCAACCACCCCAGCAGUGGUGCACAACAAUCUGCACCAUCCUUCCUUAAUGGCCUCCUUGUAGGGUAAGGGACCACUCUCUAUCCCAGUAAGGAUGCCAGUCCAUCCAUUACAUCUAACACAGUGCUCAUGGCAGCAAACUAUAUUUAGCAAAGAGAUGAGACAAAUAAUAACAAAACUGCAGAUGUUAAACAAACACAUAUAGGAAAGCUAAUAUGGACCCAUAAUCUAGCAAUCGUAUCCUAUCUUGGCCAGCAUAAGUACAAAGAACCCUACAAUGUAAUUUAAUUUAAUUUAACCCUUAUGUUAAAUUAAACUUGAGUUACUACACAGAAGUCCCUUUACUAUAUUUGAAUUCCCUCUCCUGGUGCAGAUACUCAACUAUUGUAAAAGAUUUUCAGUUCAGCCCACUAUAUAAAUCAUUCACAUUUUGAGACUUUCUAAGACAGAUCUGAGAAAUAACAAAAUCUGCACAGUAUGUAUAUUAUUAUUGGCCUAUAAACCUGCAAUGCUACACUACAGUCUUAAUUAUGCAGGAAUAUUUUCUUCCACUACUCUGGUUUUAAUUUAUAACUUGAAGAUACUGUAUGUUUAGCUUCACUAGUCACUAUAACCAGUAAGUCACGUGAAGCUGAUGGCAGUCACAUGCUUUUAGACCUUGCCCUAUUCAGACUGCAGAGUCUACUGUCAUUAAACCUUGGCAUACCUAAUGCCAAAUACUGCAUAUGUUGUAAAUAUUUCCUCAAGAAAACUAAUGAAUAAAGCAGCUACAAACAUUACAAAUGGGCAGACCAGCCUAGAGCACUAUGCAUUUUACAGGUAAAGUAUGAAUCUUCCAAAGUUUUGAAUCUACUGGAAUAUCAUGCAAUUUUAAUAAAAUUGGUCUGAGGGAAAGCACUGUAGCAAAACUAAUAAAAUAAUCUUGAUCUGUACCAUAACAUGCCUGCUACACAAUUAUUAUAGCUUUUUUACAUAAACCUAUCCAUCCAUUUAUCUAUCUUACUUAAUUUGACAUGAUUCUUCUGUCUUUCUAGUUGCUUUAUUAUCACAUCGCAGAUAAAUCUGAUGAAAAGCCAGUACACAGUAUACAAUAAAAUUGAAAAUUGAAGCAUGUCUGUUUUUGCCAUCAUAAAAGAUGUGAUUAAAAAGUGAAAUUGUGUUGUUAUAUUCUAUAUAUCUUAACAAUUACAACGAGAAAACGUGAGGUUGACUAUCAAUAAAAUAUUUCUGCAGUAUAAUCAUCAACAAUAAAAA